UAGCUCGCUGCUGUAAUUUCGUCUCUCCCUCCCAAUUCAAAGAGGAGAAAUGUCAUCACGCCCACCCCUUCUGCAACUCUUGUGCCUCCCCACCACCCUCUCUCUCUCUCUGAGAAUCAAAGAAGGGGAAGAAGUAGAAAAAGAGAAAAAAAAACAACAAUCCAUCCAUCCUUAAAUCCUGACCCUUGAAUCAGGAUGGCCACACCCACAUCCUCACCACCUCCUCCACUCAAUCCACAACCUGAAAAUCUUCAAACCCUAAUCAAGAAAAUAACCUCAGUAUUCACAUCCUCCCCAAACCCUUCAGAAACCCAAUCCCUCCUCCCAUUCAUCCCACUCCUCUCUCCUUCUCUCAUUCCAUCUAUCAUCUCUUCCCUCCCCAAACCCCGCCACUCCCUCUCUUUCUACCACUUCUGCCAAUCCCACCUUCCCACCUUCUCCAAUCCCACCAUCGCCCUCCCAUCCGUCCUCUCCCUCCUCUCCUCCCUCCUCUCCUCCUCCAAUUUCCCUGCUGCCCGCUCCAUCCUUGGCUCUUUCAUCGCUUCUGAUCACCCCCACCACCUCCUUCACCGCCACCUCCUCCACUGCCUUCCACUCCCCUCCCGUGCCCUCCUUGACACCUCCAUUGGUGCCUAUGUUCACUCCCACCGCCCCCACCUCGCUGUCCAGAUCUUCAAGCGCAUGAAGCGUGUCCGCCGCAAGCCCUCCCUCCUCACCUGCAACACUCUCCUCAAUUCCAUGGUAAGGUCUUCUUCCCCAUCUUCCCUUCCUCUUUCCUGCGAGAUUUUCAAUGACAUGCUUGCGCUCGGCGUGAAGCCCAACACAAACACCUGCAACAUUUUGAUUUUUGGUUAUUGCUCAAAAUCGAAGCUUAAGGAUGCGAUGAGGGUUUUACACGAAAUGGAGGAGAAAUUCGAUUGUGCUCCGGAUAAUGUCACAUAUAAUACAAUUCUAGAUGGGUUUUGUAAGCGGGGCCUUUUGAAUGAAGCGAGGGAUUUGCUUGCUGACAUGAAGUCUAGAGGGCUGUCGCCAAAUCGGAACACGUAUAAUACGUUGGUUUCCGCAUAUCGCCGUUUGGGUUGGAUGAAGGAGGCAGUGAAUACGAUCGAGUUGAUGACACGGAGUGAUUUCUUGCCAGAUGUCUGGACUUACAACAUGCUGAUUGAUGGGUUGUGCAAGGAAGGGAGGAUCGAUGAGGCAUUCCGGCUUCGGGAUGAGAUGAAGAGGUUGAAACUGUCGCCGGAUAUCGUGACAUAUAAUACGUUGAUUGAUGGGUGCUUCAAGUGGCGGAGUAACUCGGAGGCAUUUGAGCUUUUGAGUGAGAUGGAGGAGAACGGUGUGAGGGCAAAUGUGGUCACGCAUAAUAUAAUGGUUAAUGGGCUGUGUAGCGAAGGGAAGAUGGUGGAGGCGAGCAAGGCGGUGAGGAAGAUGGAAGAGAGCGGAUUCUCACCUGAUUGCAUUACGUACAAUACAUUGAUCAAUACGUAUUGUAAAGGUGGGGACAUGGGUGAAGCAUUUAAAUUAAUGGAUGAGAUGCUUGGGAAAGGUUUAAAGAUGGAUACGGUGACACUCAAUACCAUCCUUCAUUAUGUAUGUAAGGAGAAUAGGCUCGAUGAGGCACAUAGGUUGUUGCAUAGUGCCCCAAGGAGAGGAUACACGCUCGAUCAGGUCAGCUACGGGACACUGAUCGUGGGUUACUUCAAUAAUGAGAAUGUAGAUGGGGCGUUGAAGCUUUGGGAUGAGAUGAAGAAGAAAGAUAUAUUUCCUAGUAUUAUUACGUACAAUUCAGUUAUUUCAGGGCUCUGUAAGGCAGGGAAGACCAAUGAAGCGAUUAGCAAGUUGAACGAGCUUUUGGAAAGUGGCUUGGUGCCAGAUGAGACGACAUACAAUACACUUAUUCAUGGGUAUUGCAUGGAAGGGGAUUUGGAGCAAGCUUUCCAAUUUCACAAUAAGAUGGUUGAGAAUUCUUUCAAGCCGGAUGCCAUCACAUGCAACAUUCUUAUUCAUGGACUCUGCAAGGAGAAGAUGUUGGACAAGGCUCUCAAACUCUUUGACAAGUGGGUCUCGAAGGGGAAAACCAUUGAUGUGAUUACAUAUAACACAUUGAUAGCGGGCCUGUGUAAUGGAGGGAAGAUUGAUACUGCAUUGGAGCUUUUCACUGAGAUGGAGGAGAAGAAAUUGGCACCCGAUAACUAUACUUACAAUGCAGUUCUAUGUGGGCUUUCGGAGGCAGGCAGGACAGAUGAAGCAGAGAAGUUUUUAUUGAAGAUGAUUGCUGCUGGAAAGUUGGAUGAUAAAUUCACUUUUGCUGCAUUUGAGAAAGUCCACUCUAAAGGAAGAGAAUUGGAGAAGAAUCAUGAGUUGCAUGAUGAAACUCCACAGGGAGAUUCUGAUUCUAGUUCUGCUACUUAUUCGAAGCGCAUUGAUGAGCUAUGUAGCGAGGGGAAGUUCAAGGAAGCCAUAUGCAUUUUGAAUGAGAUGAUGCAGAAGGGAAUUUCUAUAAAUGGCUCCACCUAUAUUAUUUUAAUGGAGGGGCUUAUCAAGAGGCGUAAAAGAACUUCAAAGGGAGCAGGAUAGGAUUUAUCCAAUGAUUCCUUGUUCUUGUAUGGUGCUGAAUUUUUAGUAAGGGACGUGAAUACCCCUGCUUGCAAAAUUCAGCAGGUGGACCUGGCAAGAAGUUCAGCCACUACUUGUCAUAGUAGUUGUAGAAGAGCAAGCAAGCUUGAGAUAAUUUAACUGUUGAUGCUGGGAAGCAGAAGAUUCUUGGAAUGGCUUUUAUUGGACAAAGGAUGGCGUGUUCAUCCACACCAACUGUUGGAUCUUCCCGCAUCCACCUCUGUGAGCCAUAUGUGCACCUUUGCUUAAGCAAGAAUGUCAAUGGCAGUUCUCAUGUAAGGAAUGUUGGGGACAUCAAAAUGGCCCUCCAAUCCAAUCGCUGUUGGCCCUUGAUUCCCAGGGUUGUUCUGAGAUCAUCUUCAAGGGCGAUUGCUAGAGCACUAAUGGGUUUCUAAGUCUAUGCUGAUUCCAUGGAAGCGGCAGUUCAGUUCACCGUGAUCCUUUUCAUCGGUGUUCAUUCAUAGGGUUUCAUGUAUUUUUAUGCGAUGCUUUUAUUUCUUGGAGAUAGAAAAGCAAGACAUGGGGCGUUCUAGUGCUGAGGCCAGCUAUUAAAGUCCAGUAGCCCAUUUUCUGAGAUACAACCACCAGACCAACGGUUUGGAUCAUCCUAAACUAUCUCAUUUGGCCCUUACCAUGUAAGAUGCAAGGGCCACUACUAGUAUUGCCAGCCGGAAAUGAAAGAGAGUAACUACAUCAGAACUGAAGAAGAAAGCUUGCCUCAAUUGUUGCUGAAUAAUCGUAGUGUAGAGCCUCAACGACAAUCCCUGCAACAAACCCCCAUCAUCAAAAACAGCAAAUAUGUUGACUCUCUAUGUUACAAAGAUCAGCGAAAUGCAGGCCGUUGAUCUGGCAUGCAUGUACUUCAAUUUAACUUGUGGGCCCCACUUUAAAUGGGCUAUGGUCCAAAAAUCUUGCUGAACGGAUUGGAUCAACUGCCCAGUUGGCCAUCUUAGAACAAGUGGCUAUGCACAAUAGACUGUUGAAGUGAAAAAUGUAACCAUUCAGCAGCACCUAUCUGUUAGAGUCUCCCUCAAAGCAGGCAGGGCUGAAAUUCUUACCCAUUUUGGAAGGGGAUUGAGUGGUGAUCCUAUGUGGUUUAUUUAUAUUUAUAUUAUUAUUUUUAUA